CUCAGCGCGUUUAGGCACUCACAUCUGGUGGCUUGAUUGCGCACUCCGCGAUCCAAGUAAAAGAUAUGGGCUUUCUGGAUGAGGACUUUUCGCAGGAAGCGGUGUGGCAUGCGCGUCAUGGUACUAACGCUCAUUGCGGCCCCGAUAUCGGCGAGCCGGUACAAGGUGGUGUGGAGAGUUUUAGCUACGAGGGAAGCGAAGAAAGAGGCAGGCUGCCUCCAUCUUCGUUCCAACAUCACCAAGGGACCAUCGACUGUGGUCCUCGCUACACCCGGGAUGGCCUCCUGGCAAACCUGCAGUCCCUGCGCGCAAAAUUUCCCGUGGAUGCGGAGUUUCAUCCACUUGAGACGCAGGGGAAGAAGCAUGCUCCUUCGAGCACAUCACCUUCGGCGUCGUCCAGCAGCUUCUUCUGGGACCGCUCUUUAUCCGCCAAAACGGAAGCCCAGCUGGAAAAGAUCCAGUUGGCUUUCCCUCCAGAAUCUGCCGCGUUGAAGGAUCCGACGAUGGAGAAUGUGGACCUCGUGCUGCAUCAGUUCUUGCCCGACGCAUCGAAGCAUUUGCUGCAAUCCAAGCAACAGAGACUGAGAAGCAAACCAGGUUUCGAUCGCACGGGGGAUCAGAUUCCCAAAAUUCUGUACCAACUGGCGCGAUGUUGUGCGAAGAUCAAUACUUUUUUCCUGCGUUUGCAAAAGAAGGUGGUAGAAGUGUGCACAACGAGGCUCGAAGAAGAAGGCGCUUCACCUGUCGUGACCAUCGACAAGCUAGCUUCCCGGGUGUUACGAGACCUCGAGCACGAGCUUGGACGUUUCCGCACGACCGGGAACGCCGGGGAGGACCCAAACGCAAACGCGAGCGCUUCUGUUUUAUCGUCAGAAAGCAUCGGGACAGCAGAUGAACCUGUGAAAGAAAAAGAAUCAAACCACGUAGCAGCCGCCCAAGCAAAGGCUGCAGCGCAUAACUGGAACUACGAGCUAGCCGGAACGAGUUUCGACUCUUGGUCGUUUCUGUUGACGACUAUGAAUCCACAAAGUUUUCCCGGGGGACUACAGCAGGUAUCUCGAUUUCCUUUGCACACUUUUAUGUUGGUCUUGUUGCGCCGAAGCAAGGCCGCGCAAGUCAUAGUUUACCAUAAAAAGCUCAUCCGCUAAACUCACAUUCUAGUGCCCAGAGAGAUCAUCACGAGAACCAUUCACCUCUUGAAGAACCACUCUUCUCAGAUUGUCCGCGCCAUGGUGAUUUACGUGACUGGGAGCGCGUCAAAUUUUCCCACCGAAGAGAAAAGGAAAGUCCGUUCCUCACCGGACGAAAAGGUCUUUUCUGUUCGCAUGGGCGCGAUGGGUAGUAGCGAGCUGCUGAUGCAUUGGACCCGGUUGAUUUACGUGAGCGCCAUGGAGGUCAUGCCGGAACUCGCUCGCGUCGUCGCGUUUUCCUCAGUCGUGGAGGAUGAUGGGACUGAUGCUUCUGCUUGCGCGCCAGACCACAUCAAGAAGAACCCGUCGCAGGCGAAGAGGCGUUUAUCCACAGUCGACUUGUCCAUUGCUCUUGCCAAGAAAGUUUCGUUUUCUCGCCCCGACGGCUUUCCACCGAGUUCCGACGAUGAAGGAAAUAAACCGAGAACGGACUUUGGAAAUAAAGCCAUACCAAAAACGGACAGCGAAUCUACUUCAGCACGCAACGUUGGCGCAGAAGGCGACUCAGCAGCCUUUUCACUUCUAAAGCGAUCCGCUGGUGCUUGGAAACCGUCUGGAAAGUGGCGACAAAAAGAGAAAGAAGGCAACAGCAGGGAAGACAGCCAGGCCGCGGUGCGUGCCAGCGACGUCAGGGACGAGACUGUAAAAAUGCGCAGUUGUGGCACGACGUCCACGUCUAGCCCGUCAGCCAUCAGUGCCUCGUUUGACGCGACCGCUUCUCCCGUGUCAACAUCUGAAACACCUGCGUCGCGCCGAAUUUCCGAGGCGGCCACCCAGCUUGACGAAAAUGCACUUUCCUUUUUCGAGCAGUUACACACCGACACCACGAUGAAAGCGUCCUUCGGCCCGGCAACUGAUACCGUCACUCCCUCGACGAGGACGGUGGCAGCGCCGGGGUCAAAACAGAUUCGUCCCCCACCCGGCUUCGAAGCUGCUGAAGGCGGACUGAGUUCUAAGGAGUAUGUCAAAAGAACUUCAUCUUCGCUGUGUCGCUCGCCGAUUAGCACAACCACCACAACUGCAGAACCAGGUGGUCCUCGUGAAAAGUUUUCACUGUCCUCCUCUCCCGCAGACAGGUCAACGAUCGCGCCUUCUUCACCGGCACCGUCAUCGGUUUUGUUCUCGUCCCCGGAUAGUUGUAACAACACUAGCUGCCCAAGUAUUAUCAGCUACACUUCUUCCACUUCGUCGACUGCAUCUCGUGUUCUACUUGGCCCGGUUCCGGUCUCUUCCUUCCUUGCGGACGAAGACGAUCUGCCUAGCGAGUUUGAGCUCGUGCCGGUUCUCGAGAAGAAUUGCCAGGCCGCGGGGGAAGGACCCGACGAGGCCGCAAGCAAAGCCGUGCAGCACAAUUCUAAGAACGGAGCCUGCUCAAAGUUGUCAAGUGACGAAUUAUCUGCACGAACAGAAGAUGAAAACAACUCCGGCUGUUUCGUGCAGAAGGUCCUCCAGUUUCUCCGUGCCACGAUGACGUUUGAUGUGGAGAGGUGCGGCGCGCUUUGGCAGGAACUGGAAACUUUAUCCGCGAACGAUUGGCACAUUCAGAACGAUUGGUGCAUCAGCUUCCAGUGGACCGAGAAGAGGAAAUGGCAGGGCGGAGACCUGGCCUGCUUCUUCGUGGCGGUGUUGGCGCAGGUGGUUUCCGACACGGAUAUCAAAUGUAAAAGUGUCUGGGUCCGGAAGAGUGCAUGUUUGUCAUGCUUGUCUGGCAUGACUCUCAAAUCUGUCACGCACGUUACCCAAGAGCAUUUUUCUGUCAUGCAGAAACGCAGUUUGUCAUGCAUUAUGCAUAAUAGGCAACACCUAGAAGCUCAGAAACCUGUCAUGCUGCGCCAGCACUUCUGGCCUCCUCAUGAUACGCCACCCAGCACCACAAGUGUCCAGACCCAGACAUUUUUGCAUUUGAUAACGGAGACCUUCGAGCGACACGUCGACCUGGCGGCACAGGGCCGGUUGAUGCACAAAAGCAACAACACGUGGUGCAACGAAUACACCAGCGUGGGAGCAGCUACAACGCACUCAGACAUGUUGACCAGCACUGCUAGUACGUCGUCGAGUCGCACCGGUGGUUUUGGUGGUGGUCGAGGAAGCUACAACUACACCAAUCUGCCCCCUGAGAGCGCCGGGGUGAGCGGAACGAAGGCCAGCAAGGUAGUUCGGUUCGUGAAAGAGGUUUUAACCAAGUGCAAGAAGCAGCACAAGAAAUUCCUCACGCACGUGAAUCUGGAGAUGCUGCUCAGCUGUGACCGCGAUUUAUCCGCUUACUACGGGCUCGGACAAAAAUCUCCUGCCUCAACGCCGUCGAAUAAAGCCGAGCGGGCAAAAAUAGAUGCCAGCGUCCAUGACCACGACCAAACAAGGCACAGACGCGGCGGCCCGAGUGUGCUCGAAAUCGGUUCGGGAAACUUCUCUUUCGCGGAUUCCUUUACGCAGAGUGCGAAAUUUCGGGGACGGUAUCUCGAGGCCUUGUUUCCUUUUUCUCUCAUAAUGUUUCCGGUGUUUAUUUUCAUUGGAGGCAAACAAGGCAUCUGCCCGGGGAAAAACGCAAAGCACAAGACGCUCGUGCGUCGAUACAGCCAUGUCUUUGUCUUUCCUAUCUGAUAUCGCCCCACACAUUUCAUCAGGUACUUUGCAAGUUCGAAAGAGGAUCGAGAAACACUGCUCGCGAAGUACGGCGAGCAGGCCAUUCGUGCUGCGGAGAAUUGCAGUGACCGGUUUUCGUUGCUUUUUAACAUCGACGUGAGCUGCCCCGAGGCCACGGCACGCACGUUGCUCCGCACGCAGCCAGAGGGCUUUCAGGCGGUGCUGUUCAUCAAUCCGCAUGCGGGGGAUGAACGGGAAAAGAACACACGACUGCUGGAGCAGUUUUUUGAGGUGCAAAAUUACCUUCUUUUGUUCUCUAGAAGCGUGUUUAGAAUAAAGAAUGACAAAAGUAGUACAGUCUCUUUUGGAAAAGCGGUGUAGAUGCCUCGAUGGAGCAGUCGUGCUCCACCUCCACUCUCGACGUCCGAAAAUUCUUGCGCGACAGGUUUGCUCUCGGGUCCUUGACCCGCGCGACGAAAGGGCGAGUGCACAGAUUACCCUCGCGAAGCCGGACGUGCACUACCAACAGUGGAACGUGAGCGCGGUCGCGGCGCGGGCCGGCUUCAAGCGGGUGGAUAGCAAGCCGUUCUUCGUGUCCCUUUUCCCCGCGUACCAGCCUGUGUAUGGGGACAAGCGCGACGAACGAAACCACCAGCGCCGGAUUCAGCACGGGGCCAGAAUCUACUUCACCUGCAACCCCAUCACCUACAUUUUUCAGCGAACUUUAGUCACCAGAAGUACUGCAGGAGUUAGUGCGUCUAGUGCGAAUCUUGCAACAUCAUGUACUCGACUGGAUGACGCAGGAGAUGAAAGGACCUGUAGUUGUGCGGGGGAUAAACACGCAGGAGGGCGGGCUGCUCCUGCUACAACUACUACAGGACUGCCGGAGACCAUGGGCGGUACUAUCGCUGGACUCAGUGGCAAAGGCACUCCUGCUCGAGGUGAGUACGAGCAUCAUGAUCUGGAAUACGGCGACGAUGAGGAGGCUGCACCGGUUUGGAAGCGGAGGACUUCCAAUCCUCGAGGUGCGAAUCGGUCCAGCAGGUGGACCACCGGAAACCCAGGACAAUGGAGCCGCGGAUCCACAGGCAGCGGAGGCACCGGACGCAAUAAUUUUCGAAGUUACCAGUAAUGACAGAAAGAAGGAGGGCUUGGUACUGGUAGCGCCACUGAUGCUAAUCCGGGAGAGUGUGUCACAAAGCAGGUAUGUCGAUUUUUUAGUCAGGUUAUGAAGAUGAACACAGACUAGCAAAAGUGGGUCUACAUCCCCACAAAUUUUCAAACUGCAGUUCUUGUAGAAACUGAAACUGAAAUUUUAUGAUAUCAAUCAAAUGGGCGUGAAACUCGCUUUUCAUCCUUUUUCGCUGGAUUUUGCACGGUCGCUUCGGAGAACUUCAUCAACCCGAAAUAGGCAUUUCGCAUAGGUUACUUACGUUGCGCCCACGUUUCUGUAUUCUUGUUUUGCAACGGGCGCAAAUCGCAUAGAUUUUCUUUGAUAUUAUACAGUUCUUCUUGAAAGAUAGCGCACGGAUUCUUCUUGUUUGUUUCUGGAUAACGCCGGAAGUUCAGCUUUCACUCGCAGCGUAGUCGACGAAAUAAGUCAUAUUCAACUUCUUGCAAAACCAAAAAGACAACCAUUCGUAACCCGCUCUCUCAUUGAACGAAUGUCCUGCUUCUUUAGAUUUUUUUAAAAUAGAGAUUGCCACUCUACUACUUGAUUGUCGAUAUUUGUAGUCGCGCCCAGGCCAACAUAAAGUCAAAGAUAAGCAAAAUCAACAACAACAACCGCGAAACAUCCUCCAAAAUCUAUCUUCUAGUUCUCCAGCAGGAACCACACAUCGCAG